UUCACGUAUUUGCUCUCAAAAAGAUGGGUAAACACGAAUUUUUAACGCCAAAAGCUAUUGCGAACAGAAUAAAGGCGAAAGGUCUUCAAAAGUUGAAAUGGUACUGUCAAAUGUGCCAAAAGCAAUGUCGGGACGAAAAUGGUUAUCAGUGCCAUAUCCGCUCCGAAUCUCAUCUUCGCCAAAUGGAUCUUUUGAAAGAAAGUCCUUCUAUGUAUAUGCAAGGAUAUUCAAAGCAGUUUCAUGAUGAUUUUGUCAAAUUGCUUUCACGAAGGUGGGGAACAAAACGUGUUCAUGCAAAUCUCGUUUAUCAAGAAUAUAUUGCCGAUAGACACCAUGUACAUAUGAACGGUACAAUAUGGGAAACAUUGACAGAUUUUGUAAAAUAUCUUGGUAAAGAAGGAAUUUGUCAUGUUGAUGAUACGCAAAAAGGAUGGUUUGUCACUUGGAUUGAUAAUAGUCCAAAAGCAUUAGCAAGACAGGAAGCGAUUAUGAAAAAAGAACGUGCCGAAAAAGAUGAGGAAGAGAGGACUCGAAAAUUGAUAGGGGAUCAAGUCGAAAGAGCAAGAAAAGAGGCAGAAGAAUUAGGUUUAGACGAUAAGGAAAUAUAUACUGAACUUAAACGUGAAACAGAAGAAGAAAAAAUAAAACUUAAUCUUACAUUAACAAAAUCUGCUAAUUUAACUUUAAACACAACGGACAAGAUUGAUAACGCUGCGGAAAAUAUUAGCUUUCCCACAACUAGCAUAUCCUUUAGUAAACCUUCGACACAAAAAAAAUCUCUAAGUGCAUUAGUUAAAAAGUCAAAUCCCAUGGUUACGCAAAAAAAAGAAAAAGAUAAAGAACAACCAAAGAAGUUGUCAGCAAUGGAAGAAAUAAUAAAAGAAGAAAUGGAAAAAAAGAAAAGGAUGGAAAAUUUUAAAGUAAACGGAAAUAAAGGAGAUAAUCGACGAAAAGAUAGUGACUAUAAAGAUAGUCGUAAUAAUCGUGAUUACAUUGAUAGAGAGAUAAGAGAUCAUAGGGAUUAUAAAGACAAUAGAAGAGAUUACAGAGAUAGAGAAAGAGAACGAGAGAGAAGUCAUAAAGAAAAAGAUAGAGAAUAUAGGGAAAGAGAGAGAGAGAGAGACAGAGAUAGACAAUAUGAUCAUGAAUCAAAGAGGAUUCGUAGAGAAUAAGGCAACUCUAAGUUCAGAUGUCCUUUACACUGGUUUUUUAACUUUUAUUAUUAACUAUUUGUAACAGGAAAAUUAAUGUAAUUUUAAAGUCUUAGAGAGACGCAUAUUUAUAAUAAAAAUUCUAUAAUUGAUACCACACCUUUUAUAAAAGUAUUUAUGAGAUUAGUUACAAUGUUAUACAUUUAUUGGUAUU